AAGAAAAUUAUUUUCGAUUAUUUAAACUCGAAUUGAACUGACUCGAUUACAAUUUCACACAAGUACUCGCACAUUGUCGUGCGACUAUCUAUGAUAAAUGUAUAAUCGGAGACGCGGUGCUGUCAGUCGCCAUCUUGAUUAAAUCGAAUCCUUGUGUCUCGGUUCCGUCGUGUUUUGCGCGACUGUGCGCAGCGUUGUCACGACAGGCAGGGUAGCCCGUCGACGGUGGUCAGCGCAGCACCGGGAGGCGCAGAGCUUGCCAGCGGCGGCGACGGUUGCCGGUACAUAAGCAACCGGCGGUGUGGCGCGACACGACGGCGACAACGGCAACAGCAGUAGUAACAGCAGCUGAGAAGCAGCGUGAAGGUGGGCGGCGAUACGACGCGUCAAACGUUCCUUUCCUGAUCCUGAUUCCGGCUUUUAGCUCCCGUUUCGAUCCCGGUUCUGCUGCUCGCUUCUACUCAACGAGAUUUCCCCAAGCAACGUGGCUGCGAGCGCCGUGAACACAGCACAGCACAAAGCACGAAAUUCGCGAGCCGAGAGUGAGUAAAACGCGUGAGAAAAGGGGAACAUUUUGCGGGGUAAUCGGGGUGAUCGUUUGGCCGACGAAAAGAUGAGCUGUCAACGUAAUGCCGGCAAGAUCACGGUGCCGGAUGAUUUGCGCGACGUCCUAUUGGAAUUUACGAUCAGCUACCUGCUGGAGCAGCCCGGCGACAUCAUCGACUAUGCUGUAGACUUCUUCACGCGACUACGUGACGCACGGCGGACGCAGUUGAUUCAGGCGGACGGACAGACCUGCUCAUCCACACCGGACGAAUCCGUUGAUGAAGAGCCACCAGUCGGCCGAUUCGCUUCCAGAAGGAAGAGCGUUUUCGCGGAGACUUACAAUCCCGAAGAUGACGAAGAAGAUGACGGUUUCAAGAUGGUCCAUCCAAAGAGCGACGAGCAGCGACAAAGGCUCAGCGAGAGCGUCAAGAACAUACUUCUGUUUCGCGCUCUAGACGAGGAACAAAUGGCGGAUGUAUUGGACGCGAUGUUCGAAAAAAUUGUUCAACCGGGAGAAUUUAUUAUCCGACAGGGCGACGAUGGUGACAACUUUUAUGUGAUCGAGAGAGGAAAAUUUGAAGUUUACGUUAAAGAUUCCGUCACAGGAGCGGACAAUCAUAUUCAUACUUAUGAUAAUCGCGGCGCUUUUGGAGAACUCGCCCUUCUGUACAAUAUGCCCAGGGCAGCCACGGUCAAAGCAAUCACUCCCGGCACACUCUGGGCCAUGGAUAGGCAAACCUUCCGACGUAUUCUUCUGAAAUCUGCGUACAAAAAGCGUAAAAUGUACGAGAAUCUUAUUAAUAAAGUGCCGAUGUUGAAGUCUCUCGAAUCUUACGAACGCAUGAAUUUAGCGGAUGCCCUUGUACCGAAACAGUAUUCCGACGGUGAGCAGAUAAUUAGGCAGGGCGACACCGCGGACGGAAUGUAUUUCGUCGAGGACGGCAUCGUCAGGAUCACUAUACUCGGCGAGCACGGCCGUGAAAUCGAGAUUAAUCGUGUUCCGGCUGGCGGUUAUUUAGGCGAAUUGGCACUCGUGACGCAUAAACCACGCGCCGCUUCGGCCUACGCUGUGGGGGACAUCAAACUGGCAUUUUUGGACGUUGAAGCUUUCGAGCGUUUACUCGGCCCGUGUAUGGAACUUAUGAAACGUAAUAUCGACGAUUACGAAGAUCAGCUAGUCAAAAUUUUCGGCAGCAAAACCAACAUCUCCGACAUCCGAUGAACUGUCUGUGGCACAGCCACGUCGCCAUCCUACUGUACUAAAGAACGCGAUGCUUUCGUACAGUAUAUAAUGUAUAAUGAGCACAAAAGAACUUGUACCACCUAUUUCUGAAUCUCAUCACGCGUUUUUCGAGCAUCAUCUCGGAGUCAACAACUCUUUCGUAUGACUGUUCACUUAGACGUAUACCAAUUAAGAUUCGUCGAUAAUAGUUACCAAGUUUAUACCUAUGAUACACAUUGAACAAAACUAUAGGCUGCUUGAUUACAUAACAGCGAUUACACACGUUAUUAAUAACUAUUCUCUAAGACUGUACUAGAUCAAAAAGAGAAUAUCAAUACAUUCUGUUAAACGCUUGAUCGUUUGUAAGAUAAAUAUCUCAAUUUAUUAACGUUGGAGUAUGUUCUUUUGAGAUCUAGGACAGCAUUGUUAGCGUCAAACUUAUUCCACAUAAUUUAUGUCGAUGCAUUUGACAUAUAUAUACACACAAUUUGUUUAUAUUAUUGUGCAUUAUUUACCUUCUAAACAAAUUAUCGAUGGUUAUGUUUUUAAGACAUUGCAGGAAUCUAGAAUAUUCGAAAUCGAAUGCUCUUCUUACUUGUUCUUUUCUUCUGGCGAAAGACAGAUUACAAGGAGGAAUAUAUUAAUGAUUGUACAUUGCGACAUUAAAUAUUCUCAAGUUACGCGAUAUCUAUAUAUGCAUAUCACUUUUUCAAAGAUAAUGAAAGUAACAUUGCCAUUGUUAAAACAGAGAGAGAGAGAGAAAGAGAGCUAUACAAUAAUCUUUGAUACAUUUCUUAAACAAUGUAUCUUGUUAAAGUCAAGUCGGACAAUCAAUAUCUUGCCAAUAAUUUCAGACUUCAUUAGUUUCACUAGUUUCAGACAUUUCCCACAUUUCACGAGUGAGUACGCACAUAUAUAAAUACAUGUACACAAACAUACAUUAUAUGCAAAUGCAUAUAUUGUAAAAUUAUUUUUACGCACACUUGCGUCAUUUAUAUUUAAUUUAUAAUAUUAACCUUUAUCAUUUUCUUAUUUUAAAUUUGAAUUUUGAAUUAUAUUUUGCUAUAUGUGCACAUUAAUAUAAUAUACCUUUAAUACUGAAGAAGUUAAAGGUUAUUUCAGUAUAUAUCUUUUUAUAUACGUAAUUAUUUAUGAUUCAUAAGUAAAAAAAGUUAAAUUAUAAUUCUGGCUCUAAUUAUUAUUCAAAUGGUCGAAACGUUUGUGUAGAUACAAUAUUAUUAAUAAAUGGAAAAGGAGCAAUUGCCAUCCAACUCGGCUUGUAAUAGCUUUUAUUUUAUAGUAUUUAUGUUUAAAUUAGCGCACAAAUAUCAAAUUAAUAGUUUUCUACUCUAGAACAUACCAAGUAUUUUUCCACUUGCAAUUUAAUUCUAAAAUAUGAAAAAGAGAUUUAUACUUCAAAAAAUUGUCUGACUUUUAUUGUAAUUUUUAUUUAAAAACUUAAAAUAUUACAGUGGCAUAUUAAACUAAAACAAAAUCAGUAAAAAGGGUCGACUGAUUUAUAUCUAUCUCUAUUAGUAGAUAAACGCCAGAUUUGUACAAACGCAUUCUAUUUCGAAUAUAGAGGAUCCUCACAAAAUACAUAGAAAGUCCAAGACUAGGAGCCUUAUGAUUGACCUAAAUGCGCGGGUAUACUAACACAUAGUAUAUAUAUGUUACAAAGUAAAUAUAUAACAUUGUACGUACACAUAUAUAUGUACAAAGUAAUAGGAAAGAUACAUUUGCAAUAUGCGCAUGUAAACGCGAUGAGGAAGAGAGGAAAAUGUUUUAAUUGCUUUGUACUUAUAUGCAUAAAUAUUCAUGUAAUCAUUUAUCAUCCGAUAAGGAUUACGUAAAUUUUAACGUAUAAAGAUAAUAGCCGCGUGUUUAGGCCAGCGUUCAAUUCAAGUGUGUCUUGCUGAUAAAUCAUGGUAACUCAAGAAUCGAUUACGAGAAUCUGUUAAUUUAUUUUUAUUAUCGUAGUAUACGAUACACAUUAUACAUACAUGAUAUACGUCUAUAUCAUCGAGAUAAGAGACCAAUUGAAAACCGAUUCAAUUGCUGUACGAAAAAGUGCGAAUGCUAGUCACUUUUUAUGAUCGUGCUAUUUUGUCAUACCUUCUUCUGACAAAUAUGCUCGGUCUAAGAGAAAAAAAGAAGAUACUUUUUAUCGCGGUAAAUCGUAUAUUUAUUACGUAAUUGAAACUUGACAUACAUAUGAAACGAUAGAGCUUUUUAAAUAAUAUCACAAUCGUGCGAGAGAGAAAGGGAAGACGGAAAUGAAAGUGGUAUACAUAGAGAAAAAGAGAGAGAGAGAGAAGUUAGGAUAGGAAUUGUUAAUAACAAUUGCGUUAUCAAUUGCACUUGUUUCGCUAAUUUUUUGCAUUGUCUUGAUACUUCCUUUUUUUUCCCCCUACUUGUUUUCUCAACAUUUUAAAAUCAAAUUUUGCGAUAUUACUUGAGCAAACAGAUUAAUUAAAUUUCUGAGCCAGAUUUCUACAAUCUCGGAAAAAUUUUAUUUCAAAAUGUUGAAAUUUGAAAUAGUUUCUUUUCGACGCAACAUCAGCAUCUUUAGUCUUCCACUGUAUAUCUCCAGACUGUGAUAUUAUUUUCGAUUGAGUGUUCCAUUCCUUUCUUACAGUUCCGUACAAGAGAAAUGAAAGAAUAUUGUAAUUAUUAUCAGAUUCGUAAGAUAUCAAAAUGGUGGAUUUAUUUCAAAUAUCUCAAUCAACGUAUCCUAUAUAUGUAAGUACGAUAGAAAUUUUAAUGGAUUAACAAAAGUGAUUUGAUCUUUGUUGGACAUAAAAAAAACUCUACACGUAUCGUAAAAAAAAGAAGAAAAAACUGAUUUGCACACUAAGUAAACUUGAUACGCAUAAGUACUUACUUGUGUUAGGUUACAUUUAAUGAAUUGAAUGUAAAACAUUGAAGUUAGAAUUUGCCCAGUUCGCAUUGCUGUAUGUAUCUACAAUGUGAUUCGUCUUACAUGUUGUGUGUUGCUCUUCGCGUAUGCGUCGUGUAUAUGUUUGCGCGUAUGUAUGUAAAUGUGUGAGUGUGAGUGUUAUGUAUGUAUCUGUGACGAUCGAGCCAGUAAUUUGUUAAUUUAUGUUGCUAUUAUCGAUAGUUUACACUCUCCAAUAGUUGUAUAAUUCGUGUUAUUAUUAUUAUUAAAGGUAAUGCAAUACACCGAAAUGUGUCGUGUGGAUAAAUAUAUUAUAACAGUAGUAUGCCUUACUGUGCCACUGGAUCUUCGCCUUUCUACUUCCGAAAGGAAACAGAUCUAUAAAAAAUCGAAAAUAAAGAUUUCGUUGUAUAUUCGCGAUUGCUGCUGAAUAAAAUGAUUAGGCAUCUCUAUUAUACUUUCACAUAUAACUAAGUCAUUAGCGUUAGCGAAUAAAAAUUCUGCUUUUUUAAAUUAAAAAUUACAAUAUUAGUUUAAUUUAUUGGAACAUUACUCUUUAAAAUUGUUAUUUCUAUUUCUUAUAUAAUACUAUGUGAUAUACAUGUGAGAAUAAAUUUUUAUUUUAAAUUGUUGUUUUAUUUUAACUUGUAUUAGGAGUAACAGUAAACUUUCAAGAAGUUUCACGAUGUUGUAUCAUUAUAUCCAGCAGUAUAUGUAUUUAUGUGUUACGAUAAACAGGAUUUGAUUCUCUUUUUUUCUCUCUUACAAAUUUUGCAAGCAAUUGAGCCAGCGUAUUCGUAAUUGAACAUUAUGAAUUUUAGAAAAUUGUGGGCAUCUGGAAAAAUGUUUAAAUAAUUUAAUAUGAUGAAACUUGAAA